GCCCGGCGAAGCAUGUUCCCUGUCGCCGGCGAGGAGGGCGACAGCGGCAGCAGCCCUGUUUUUGCCUGGAGUUGAGGAUGCCUCAGGGAGGCGGCCCGCUGCCCCCGCCCAAGAGACCGAAGCUGACCUCCGCCACGGCGCCCCUCGGCUCGGUCCCGCGCAGAGCGAUGUUGCUGGCGGCGCCCGGACCCAAGCGCCACACGGCGCCCGCCUCAUCCGCCGGCUCCUCGGGGCUCGACAGCCAGCGACGCAGCCUGCCCAUCUUCCAGGCGCGGGGGACUCUGCUCGGGCAGCUCCGGAGCUUAGACUGCGCCGUCCUCAUCGGGGAAACAGGCUCAGGCAAGACAACUCAGAUCCCGCAGUACCUCUACGAAGGAGGGAUUGGGCGCCAAGGCAUCGUUGCUGUGACCCAACCUCGCCGUGUGGCUGCUAUAUCCUUGGCCACCAGAGUCUCAGACGAGAAGAAAACAGAGCUGGGGAAACUGGUUGGUUACACGGUACGCUUUGAGGACCUCACUUCUGAGGAGACGAAAAUCAAGUUCCUGACCGAUGGGAUGCUGCUGCGAGAAGCCAUUGGGGACCCGCUCAUGGCCAAGUACAGCGUCGUCAUUUUGGACGAAGCGCAUGAGAGGACAGUCCACACAGAUGUGCUGUUUGGAGUGGUGAAAGCAGCACAAAAGAGGCGGAAGGAACUGGGGAAGUCGCCACUGAAAAUAAUUAUAAUGUCAGCUACUAUGGAUGUCGACCUGUUUUCCCAGUACUUCAAUGGCGCUCCUGUCCUUUACCUAGAAGGCAGGCAACAUCCCAUUCAGAUCUUCUACGCUAAGCAAUCUCAAAGCGAUUACCUCCAAGCAGCUCUAGUGACAGUUUUCCAAAUCCACCAGGAAGCUCCUCCUCCUCAAGAUAUCCUGGUGUUUCUGACGGGUCAGGAAGAGAUCGAAGCAAUGACCAAAACCUGUCGGGACAUUGCGAAGCAUCUUCCUGACGGUUGCCCUCAGAUGGUGGUGAUGCCUCUCUAUGCUUCUCUGCCUUAUUCGCAACAGCUCCGGGUCUUCCAGACUGCACCCAAAGGUUAUCGCAAAGUAGUUCUUUCUACCAACAUUGCUGAGACCUCCAUCACCAUUGCAGGCAUUAAAUAUGUUGUGGACACAGGCAUGGUUAAAGCGAAGAAGUAUAGUCCCGAAAGUGGUUUGGAAGUGCUGGCGGUCCAGCGGGUGUCAAAGGCCCAGGCUUGGCAGCGGUCAGGCCGGGCCGGGCGAGAAGACAGCGGGCUUUGCUACCGCCUUUACACCGAAGAUGAGUUUGAGAAGUUUGACAAAAUGACAAUACCAGAGAUCCAAAGGUGUAACCUAGCUGGUGUGAUGCUCCACCUCCUGGCUCUGAGAAUCCCGAACGUCCUCACCUUUGACUUCAUGUCAAAACCAUCUCCAGAAGCGCUCCAGGCGGCCGUUGAGCAACUGGCCCUCCUUGGCGCAGUGGAAAGGAAAGACGACCAGCUGAUCCUCACCCCACUGGGAAGGAAGAUGGCUGCGUUUCCUCUGGAGCCCAAGUUCUCCAAAACCAUCCUGAUGGCCCCCAAGUUCCACUGCACAGAGGAGAUCCUCACCAUUGUCUCCCUGCUCUCCGUGGACAGUGUCCUCUACAACCCCCCUUCGCGGCGGGAUGAAGUACAAGCCGUCCGGAAGAAGUUCAUCUCAAGUGAAGGGGAUCACAUCACACUGCUGAACAUCUACCGAGCUUUCAAAAACAUCAGUGGCAAUCGGGAAUGGUGCAAAGAAAACUUUGUCAACAGCAGGAAUAUGAUGCUGGUCUCAGACGUCAGAGCUCAGCUCAGGGACAUUUGUAUCAAGCUUUCAAUACCGCUGGAGUCCUCCCGAUCCGACACAGGGAAUAUCCGCCGCUGCCUGGCGCACAGCCUCUUCAUGAACACGGCCGAGCUGCAGGCAGAUGGCACCUACGCCACGACCGACACACACCAGCUGGUGGCCAUCCACCCCUCGUCCGUCCUCUUCCACUGCAAGCCGGCCUGCGUCACCUACAACGAGCUGCUCCACACCAACAAGUGCUACAUGAGGGACCUUUGCGUGGUUGAUGCCGACUGGCUUUACGACGCAGCGCCCGAAUACUUCCGCCGGAAGCUCAGAGCAGCCAAGAACUGACCCAGGGACAAGGGAAGGAAAACAUACCCACCGAACCCUCAUUGGCCUGAGCAGCCAACUCCAGAGCCACAUGCCAGUGGCAGAUGCCACCAGGCCGCAUUUUCGCAUGCACACCUGUAUCGGACGCAUGCACGCACAGGCACGCAACCCUCCCUCCUCGGUUGAACAGUGCAGAUCACUUUGGGAGGAGGGGUUCCUGUUUCCUCCCUGCUCAUUAGAUGAUCAACUCAGCAAUUGGGUGGAGUGAUUUAAACCUCUCUGCCCACUCCCAGCAUUGCGUCUACUUUUAUUUUUAUUUCUCUUCUUGCUGUAUUGCCAAAACUGGUGGGGUCCUAAGCAGGAUGGGAAGAAAAUGGACUGAGAGCUGUGGGUUAGCCACCCUGGCCAAAGAAUUUGGGGAAGUGGGAUUUUUUUUUGGGGGGGGGAACUGAAUGCAAUGGGAUUCGAGACUUUCCCCACUGAUCAGAGAAUGGCUUCCCAAGCGGCUGGACCUCGCGCAUCUGCAUCCACUUGUGAGCAAGUGCUUCCUGUAAAGUCUCUUUCAAAAGGAGCCUUGCGGGGGUACAUUGUGCCAACCGCAUCUGCAUCUGUGCAGCAGCAACAACUGGGUGACUGAAGUUUCAUUCCAAACAAUCCUUCUGUUAAUUGUGCCAAAAUGUAUGUCUUAGGGCAUCCGUGUCCUCUUAUCUGAGGGAGGACAGAAGAGUAUGGAGCUCAGUAAAUUGGAAAAGAGGUGUGUACCCAAAGAAAGCAGUUCUAUUUAUUUCAAAAUGGCCUUGAAACAGACUUUGUCAACCCUGUG